GGGGGCCUUCACCAUGGCUGCAUGUGUACUGCUUGGGGGGCACCUUACCCAUAUGCACUGCUGGGGGAUCAGAGACUGGGGACACCUUACCCAUCUGUACUGCUAGGUGGGAUCAGAGUCUAGGGGCACCUUACCCAUGUGCACUGCUGGGGGAUCAGAGUCUAGGGGCACCUUACCCAUGUGUACUGCUGGGGGCACCUUACCCAUGUGUACUACCCUGGGGAUCGGAGACUUGGCACCUUACCCAUGUGUACUACCUUGGGGUUUAGAGACUUGGCACCUUACUAUGUGUACUACCUUGGGGAUCAGAGACUUGGCACCUUACCCAUGUGUACUACCUUGGGGAUCAGAGACUUGGCACCUUACCCAUGUGUACUACCUUGGGGAUCAGAGACUUGGGGCACUUUGCAUGUUUAUUGCUGGGGCAUCAGAGGCUGAGGGGGGUGUGACAGGAGCCUGGCUUCACCAUAGCUGCAUGUGCAUUGCUGGGUGAUCUGUAACGGGGGGGGGGAUAACUUACACUUGUGCAUUGCUGGGGAGACCUUACACCUGAGGGGGAUGUGAGAGGACCUUGGCUUCACCAUGGCUACAUGAGCAUUCCUGGGUGAUCUGGAAGUGGGCACACAUUACACACGCGGGGGGAUCCUGACUUCACCAUGGCUAUAUGUGCAUUCCUGGGUGAUCUGGAAGUGGGCACACAUUACACACGCGGGGGGAUCCUGACUUCACCAUGGCUAUAUGUGCAUUGCUGGGUGAUCUGCAACUGGGAACCCCUUCCACCUGGGUAAUGGUGGGUGAUUAGAGGCUGGGAAAACCUUACAUUCACAGGCUGAGAACAACUUGUAUGUGCAUUUCUUGGGAUGAUCCAGUGCACAUGUACAUUGCUGAGUGAUCAGAAGCUGGGAACAACUUGCAUGUGUAUACUUCAUUCCUCUUGUACUUUCCUUGGCGAUCAGAAGCUGGGUACACCUUACACAUGAGGGGAAUCCUAGCUUUAUGUUGGCUACAUUGCCAGAUGAUCUGGAACACUUUGCACAAAUGGGUGAUCAGGGUCUGGGAACACUUUGCACAUGAUGCCCCAUGCAGCAGAGAAGGGGUGUGUCCAGCACUGGGGCACUAGGAGUGAAUGAGAGCAGACAAGACAGCAGUGCAUGUGGAUGAGUAGGAAGUCCGCCCCCCUGCGGUCACCUCUCCCUCCUCCUCCCUCUUCACAGCAAGGGUUUGUUUUCAUUCAUAAGUUUUUCCUUCCUCUCCUGUCCUCUAUCACCAGGCUCUCUCCCCCAUCAUUCACAAGGAGCACACAGCCCCCCCCCCCAGCCAUCUGCAAACCAUUGAUCUCCGCUGCCCUGCAUCCCCCUCCUGCAGGGUGCAUGAUGAUGGCAUGAUCAUUAGAUCUUUAAUGCCCGGCUGUGUCUCUAAAAUGCAACAACAUAUCGACAUCUACGUGCUGCUCCGGCUUCCUGAGAACUCGGUCAGGGCAUUGGAAAGCCCCACAGCGUGUCUGCAGCCUUUUAACCAAUUUUUCACAACUCGUAACGAAAUUUUCAGAUGCAUGCCAAGUUCACACUGAAUGCCAGAAGUCGAGAUCACCACAGAUGGAGCUACAAAGUCAACAUGGCACUAGCGGUUCAUUAGUGGUCAUCCAGCAGCCUUCUUCAGACAGUAGGCAGCGGUUGGAAUAUGAGCGGGAAGUUCAGCCAGCGACUAUCUUGUCUUUGGACCAGAUCAAAGCUCUUCGCAAUAGGAAUGAGUAUACAGAAGGCCCAUCCAUGGUGAGGAAACAUGGGCCAAAAACUGCACCAAGGCACAGUAAGCCGGAGAGAACUCACGAGAUUAUACCAGUUAAUGUGAAUAAUAACAAUGAGCACAGAGCCCCUCACCCGGCUCACACAGGACAUGUGUACGUUGCUCGGGCUCCUGUGCUCAGUAGGUCCACCAGCACAGGGAGUGCAGCGAGUUCUGCUAGCACAAAUAGUGCCUCCUCGGAACAGGAACUUUUGGGACAGUCUCCUCCACCCAGAAACGGCUCUGGACACAGGACGGACAGGGUAGUUCGGAUGCAGCCCAAGGCUUCUGUGUUGGUUACAGAAGACCUAAAGAGCUCUUUAAAAUUGGACUCGACACAGCACAGGUUUAUUUGUGAACAGUGCGGAAAGUGCAAGUGUUCAGAUUGCACAGCUCCAAAGCCCCUACCAUCAUGCUUGGCAUGCAACGGUCAGUGUCUCUGCUCUGCUGAGAGCAUGGUGGAAUACAGCACUUGCAUGUGUCUAGUCAAAGCAGCUUUCUACCACUGUUCAAACAACGACGAGGGCGAUUCGUACGCGGAUAACCCUUGUUCUUGCACCCAGUCUCACUGCUGCUCUAGAUACUUGUGCAUGGGAGCAAUGUCCUUGGUAUUCCCAUGCUUGCUUUGCUACCCUCCUGCCAAGGCAUGCCUAAAACUGUGCCGUGGUUGUUAUGACAGAGUUAAUCGCCCUGGUUGUCGGUGCAAAAAUUCAAAUACUGUGUACUGCAAACUGGAUGAUGUGCCACGGGGCCAAGGCAAGCCCUCCUGACUUGAUUGGAGUAUUGUUUCCAACUAACGGAUCCAUUGGCUGCGUAGGCUAUAUAAAUCUACAGAUGUAUUUUUUUAUUUUUUUUGUACCUCCAUUUCCCCCUGGAUUGUUCUCUUCUUCUAUUCCCAGAUUUCCACAGAAAUUGGUUAAGAUAAGGUGUUGGCUUAGACAUCUACUAUGUUCGUUCAACCAGCAUGUUCUGCACAGUGGCGCAAAUGACAGUGUUAAUGUACAAAUUGCAGCAACUUAUUAGAUCAGAUGAAGUUUUAUCGGUGAAUGAUGACUUCUGAUUUGUUACGAAAUGUGUUUGACGGUCGAGGGCAAAAUUUGUAUCUUUUUGUUGUCUAGAGAGGAAAGCCUCGUUUUCAUUAACCAUUUCUAGUUUAUUUUACCAUCUAACUAGUUACAUUUACAGUCUGUGUUCUUGCUAGUAUGGAUGGGCAUUUUGUAACCUCAACAAAACAUCCCUUGCACCUUCCCUCCGCCCCCCUUUUUUUUUUUUUUUUCAAAAAUCCUAAAAGGCUAUAGUCUUUCAAUGAAAGAAUUGCAAGGAAAUGCCUUUCUUUUCUUCUUUUUUAUUUUUUUUUUUUUUUUAUGCAAGGUGUAGGAGUCUGUUCAGCAUGCCACUCUGUGUUGAAUGAGUUAAUCUGCAUGAACUCCCACCCCUUUUUUUUUUUUUUUUUUUUUUUUUUAACUUGUUUAUGAAUUGGCAUCAGACACACUUGUCUAUGUUGAAGGACAUCUAUUUAAAUCCCCACCCUGCUCCAAUUUGCCUUAUCUUGUCUCUGUUACUAAUGUGUUGCACUCAGGUGCCAGAAAAUGCAGUAGCCUUAAUAAUAAGCUCUUUCUCACGGGGAAUCCGAUAUUUUGUUUCCUGACAGUGACCUGUUUUCCCGUGGUGUGUGUGUG